AUGGAAGAAGGUACGCAGUCGUUAUGGAAGUUUCGAUUUCCGCCAAAAAAGAGGACCAACUUGGCUGAUACGUUUGUUCCUGCUUUUCGACAUCCGCUGCUCUCUCCUUCGCUCUUCUUGCAAAAAGAGCCACCAAAACAGUCUCAGGAGGAACCAAGAUAUGAUUUUGUAGAUCCUUUAGGCGCAACAGUUGAGGAGGACCUUGGCGCUAAUGUCACUCGUCUUGAUCUGGAUGCUUUGGAGGACAUUUCACCAAAGAAGGACCAUAUUCUGGUUAACACUUUGGAGACUAAGAAUAAGGAUGGACCAGUGAGAGAUGUUGAGCUGCCGGAUUUUGAGCCAUGGCGUUCCAAACGUGCGCAGAUCCUAAGUGAACAUGAAACUUCUGAAAAGACAGGCGCAUAUUCCAGUUUUGGUUCCUCAUCCCCGGCUAAGUUCUCGAUGAGCAGCAAAACACGCCAUAGAUUAGAAGUGUUAGAAGACAUGUCUGGGUUGCGGAAGUUGUCGGAUAUCUCUCAAAAUGAAUUCGUUGCACAUGUCAAUGAGCUUCGAGAACAAUUUCUUACAGCUUGGGAGGACAACAAAAGAAUAGAGUCCGUACGGAUCAUGACUGAACUUUCACGUCUCUUGUCCGCUCCUACAGCACCGUAUUUCUUCCCUGUUCAGUGGGUUCUUGUCACUGAUAUUUUGGAUUUGUUCGGGAAGCUUGUUUAUGAGCGACUAUUAUUCAAGGCGAAUGAGGAAAGGCAAGCAGCCGGUUAUUCUGCUUUGUCGAACAACUUUGUGUCUAGUGAUAUAUUGCCUGAUACUGCAGAAGUCGCGCAGAAUUGGUUUUGCAAAAUUGCAGACAUCAAGGAAGCUGUCCCACGAUUUUACGUGGAAACCACGCUGAUCGGCUGUCUGCGCUUUAUUGAUAGUGGGACGAUGCGCGUUCAUCUUCUUCGUAUGGCUACAAUGGUGGAAUUGUUCUCCCAUCCCUUGUCGGCUGCAUAUGCCCGCGCCUACAUAUGUAAAAUAGCAAUGCUCAUGGAACCAACUGAUCGGGGACCACACUGGAAAGCUCUGAACGACUGGAUGCAGGCUUCAAACCAGCCAAUCGAGCAUGUUGCUCCAGCUCUUGAGUGGGUCGUUCAGUGUGUAUCUUAUGGAGCUGCAACGAUGGAAGAUCUAGGACCCCUGUGGGAGUAUUGUAGGCAGUCAGAGCCACGAGGCCUGCUACUACAUGCCUUUGUGUUGUCAAUUCCACUCAAAUACUUGCUCAAUCAUUGCCUGGAAGUGUGCAAAAUUAUAGUUUCGCAAGGACGUCCUGCUGCAGAUUUCGAAGUAUUUGGUAAUCGUUUGCUAAUGGGAGAAAUUCCUGAGGAAGUACCUCCCCAAAUUUUAAGUUUGGUAUUGCCCUACAUUCCCCGUUUUGAAGGAGGAGAUUUCAUGAGAUGUUGUGUAGUUUGGAGCAAGUUCAUUAGCAGGUAUUUCUCGGUAAAGGAACUAUCAGACCUGUGUGAACUAACCUUGCAGAAGAUAAAGAAAGUUCGGAACCCUUGUGAACAUUUUGCCGCGAUAUCUGGAGUGGUUGAAAAUGUAAUGGAAUGUCACAGCGAAGACUUACCUAUUGUACUUAAAAUGAAGCCCUUUAUCGAUAUUCUCGACUAUGUGAGGGAUGAACCAUUUGGAUCGAAAUGCGCAAGAGCUGUCCUCACAGCUACUAUACAGACAUUCCAAGUGGGUAGCGUAGACGACCUCGUAAUUGUGGAUAGGAUCGUUGAACAGUGCAGCCGUCUUUGUCUUUCGAUUCGUCCGGAUUCGAUACAAGAUGAUAUACGAGUAGUUGGUCGUAUAGUCUCGUCUGCGCUUGAUCGACCGACGAUGUCAGAAGAUCCAGAAAGAUACCUUGCGUUUCUUGUUCGUGCUCGCUCGUUGCUCUAUCAAAAUGACGACAUAAUGGCUCAUAUUUUAACGUUAAUGGUAUCGUUUGCCCUCCAGUUCUACAGAAACCGUCCAGCGUCAAUCAAAAAAGCUAACUUCAUGAGAGCUCUAAUAGCGAAUUUGUUCAUAACCAUUCCUUCAAUCGGCGAUCCUGUUGUGCGGCUUCACUUUUCGUUUCAGACAAUUCAUUUGAGCCUGCUAGCAAACUCUCGACCACAGACAGAUGCCAUUCUCCGUUAUUCCCUUCAAGUCAUGGAAGAUCUAGACGUUUCAUCUGCGCAGUGUUUGUCAUUGUAUUCACAAUUCCUCGCUCUUCUAGUAUUUAUACCCGAUCAGUCCAAUGAUCGAAUUUUGGACAUGUUCAACAUCUUUGUUGAGAUCAUUCAGAGGAAAAAGAUGCCACCGAAUUCUGAAGGUUUCUCAGGCGACGUGUGGAUGCUCUGUUUGCGUUACCUCUGGGCGGCGUCUCAACAAGAAUUCUCCGUAAAAUUCAUGAAUGUGCAGUCAAAUGACGUCUUUUACGGAUCAAGUGAAGAGUACAGUACUGCGGUGUUGGAAAAAGUGGAUUUCGUCAUGCAACAACUGCUCUCACUAAUCGAGAUACAAUCAACUGGCAUACCUACUGUAGCCCUCCAACUGCUCGAGUUCGCCGUUAUGAGGCUUGAGAUUAAAGGACCGGUUGUGAAACUGGUAUCGAAUUUGCUGAAACGCUGCGCAAAAAGUGGCUUAUUCGAAACACGUGUUAGGUGUAUCAUUGAUGAUUUGACAAAGUUAUCAGAGACGAAUGAAGAGUUAACCAUUAUCGAAAUGUUCAGCGAUGAUGAAGAUUUCAACAACGAGUUUUCGGACGUAGACGAUGCCUCGCCGUCAAAUGAAAAACUGUCGCCAGAUGCGAAAUUCCAUGAAUUGAUGUUGAAACAUGCAGAACUUGAGAAAAGAAUGAAAGAUGUGGACGAGUUGGCCCGACAGGUUAAAUUUGCAAUGGAACUACGAAAAGGAAUGGCUGACUGCUACUCGAAUCGAGUGGCAAAGUUUCCGAUAGAGACGGACUUAGAGUUGCGAUAUCUGGCCUCGGGAUCUUUGCUACUUCUAUUCUCGUUACGAAAUAGAACUUCAUCGGAUCUCGUAGGCUGGUCAUUUUCUGCCAGCUUUUCACCAGUAACGUCUGACGCGCUGAGUAUGGGCUCGUUUUCGCAAAGCAUCACGUUGGGAAACCUCGCACCUGAGGAACAGUUUUCGUCAGAGCUAUUCGUCCCUCAACAACAUCUUCGAUUGCCAUUGAUUGUUCGUCUACAUCUUGCAAAGUCUUUCAAUAUUGCUGGAGAACAGAAACACAUUAUGAUUGAAUUAGAUAGCGGGUAUCUGUCGCUGAGAGAUCUAAUACGCUCUGUCAGUCCAUCACGGCUUCCGCGGAGCAAUGAAGAACGAUCGACUGUAAUUGGGAGUUUUACACUACGACUUCCCUGCGCCUUAGUGGAUCUUCUAGCUGGAUGUCCAGAUGAUAACGAUCCUGUCAAUGUUCUACGUGUACUGCUACCUCGACAUCACUUCCAAUCAAUUGCUCCAGGAACGACUUCCAUGGAUGCAGUUUUAGUGUUGGAUCCGUCUCACAAACAUCCUCUGCACAUUGCGGUUAGCAAAGAAAGUUCAUAUUUCAUCGUAAACAUCAAUCUAAGAGAUGCCACAUUACGAAAUCGUCUUCGAGAAUCUCUGCAGUUGUAUCUUAUCCACUUGUCUGCUCGACUAUUAAGACGCCCUUCUAAUUCAGUAUCUGCUAUUACACAUGCUCCUACAGUAGAAGACCUUUUCGAAAAUGUGGUUUCCACUUUUUCAAAGUAA